CUGGCGCGCCCCUGCUCGGGUGAUCUGGCGCAGAACCCCGGGGGUGCUUGGCGCACGUCGGGCUCCUCCCCGUUUGCUGCGGCCUCUGAGCUCGCCGUUCUCUUGUGGCCUCCCGCAGAAUGUGGAUGACGCCCAAGAGGAUCAGGAUGGAAGUCGAUGAGGCUCUAGUGUUCCGACCCGAGUGGACCCAGCGUUACUUGGUGGUGGAGCCUGCGGAGGGCGACGGGGCCCUGUGCUUGGUGUGUCGCCGCCUGGUCGCCUCCACCCGGGAACGCGACGUGAGACGCCACUACGAGGCCGAACACGAAUUCUACGAACGGUUUGUAGGGGACGAGGAGCGCGCGGCCCUGGUGGAGCGUCUGCGUCAGGGCGACAUGUCCUUAGCCUCCGUGCUCACUCCGGAGGAGAGAGCGACGCGGGCAGGCCUCGGCCUCUGUCGCUUUUUGGCCUUGAAGGGUCGCGGCUGGGGUGAGGGAGACUUCGUGCACCAGUGCAUGGAGGUGUUGCUGAGAGAGGUGCUGCCGGAUCACGUCGGCGUCCUGGAAGGCAUUGAUUUAUCUCCAGAGAUCACACAGCAGAGGAUUCUGAGCAUUGACAGCAACCUCCGUAGCCAGCUGUUUAACCGAGCCAGGGACUUUAAGGCCUAUUCCCUUGCUUUGGAUGACCAGGCUUUUGUGGCCUAUGAGAACUACCUCCUGGUCUUCAUCCGUGGCGUCGGCCGCGACUUGGAGGUGCAGGAAGACCUUCUGACGAUUAUCAACCUGACUCAUCACUUCAGCGUGGGGGCCCUCAUGUCGGCAAUCCUGGAGGCCCUGCAGACUGCAGGGCUCAGCUUACAGCGAAUGGUUGGACUGACCACGACCCACACCUUAAGGAUGAUUGGUGAGAACUCGGGGCUGGUCUCCUACAUGAGAGAAAAGGCCGUGAGCCCCAACUGUUGGAACGUUAUCCACUACUCGGGAUUUCUGCACCUGGAACUGUUGAGUUCUUAUGAUGUUGAUAUUAAUCAGAUCAUAAAUACCAUAUCUGAAUGGGUAGUUAUGAUUAAGACCCGAGGUGUUAGACGACCAGAGUUUCAGCCUUUACUGACUGAGUCGGAAUCAGAGCACGGUGAAAGGGUUAAUGGACGGUGCCUGAACAACUGGCUGAGGAGAGGCAAGACGUUAAAACUAAUAUUUUCACUAAGAAAGGAAAUAGAAGCCUUCCUGGUUUCAGUGGGGGCAACGACAGUCCACUUCUCCGACAAGCAAUGGCUUUGCGAUUUUGGCUUCUUGGUAGAUAUUAUGGACUAUCUUCGAGAGAUCAGUGAAGAACUGCAAAUCAGUAAGGUCUUUGCUGCCGCCGCCUUUGAACGAGUCUGUACCUUUGAGGCUAAGCUGAGUUCUCUUCAGACGCAUAUGGAGGAAGUAAACCUAGCAGACUUUCCUGCCUUCAGCAUAAUCGUCGAUGAGCUUAAACAGCAGUUUAAGGACGAUCAAAAAAUAUUUGACCCUGACAGGUACCAAAUGGUGAUCUCCCGCCUACUCAAAGAUUUCGAGAGACAUUUUAAGGACCUGAGGUUCAUCAAAAAGGACUUAGAACUUUUUGCAAACCCAUUUAGCUUCAAACCUGAGUACGCGCCGAUUUCCGUGAGAGUGGAGCUGACGAAGCUUCAGGGCAACACUGACCUGUGGAACGAGUACAGAGUCAAAGACUUGGGACAGUUCUAUGCCGGCCUGUCUGGUGAAGCUUACCCAAUUAUCAAAGGGGUUGCCUACAAGGUGGCAUCCUUGUUUGACAGUAACCAGAUCUGUGAUAAGGCUUUUUCAUAUUUAACUCGAAACCAGCACACACUGAGCCAGCCGCUGACAGAUGAGCAUCUCCAAGCACUGUUUCGAGUUGCCACAACUGAAAUGGAUCCUCGCUGGGAUGAUCUUGUGAGAGAAAGAAAUGACUCGUAAGCCUUUGUCGUACAACAAGAAUUCAGUGUGAAAAGGAAAAACUAGUUUGAUUUUUUUUUCUUUCACAUUUGCUAAUUUGGAUUGUUGGAAAGCGUUGAGCUUCUUACAAGAUGUCCAAAUUGAUAAACACUGACAUCUUUUCUGACAUGUUGUCUUUUCCGAAUCUCCUUUGGCAACAUGGGACUGAAACAUAAGAAUACCACCUUUUAAAGACUUCGUUUAAUGGAAAUGUUGUUGCCUCUUACUUUUGUGUUUUAACGGACUUUCAACAAGUUUAGUAUUGAUAUUGUAAGUUGAACUAGAAGUCUGAAUUUAAGAUGUUCUGGAGAUAUAUGCCAAAAGUUUCAGCUCUUAUUUUGACACGGUGUAAAAAGUGUGAUACAUGGUUUGAAAUGACCAACUCCUUAAAAUGUAUUUGAGUCAGUUUACAGAAACAUAGCUUUUAAGUUUCUGAAAAGGAGCGUAUAAUACACAGUGGAGGUAUUUUGUCUAGCUAACAGAAUUUAAGAUUAUUUUUGAAAGCAUAUUUCUGAGCCUGAAGUAAAUACUGGCAGAGUUUUGGCUCCACCCCCACCUACCUAGUUGAUGGUGACAUUACAGAUGGAGGAAAUAAUCAAAAUUUGGUUGGAGCAGCAAGAAUUAUUUUAAGAUUUGAUUUAGGAGGCGUCACAGUCAGGAAUUAAGGAUGAAUGCUUAUUGGAGGUUUGCUCCUUAUUUUCUCACAGCUAGGGGCAGUUUUUUCAGCUAUCAAAGGACCAUGGUAAGUAUGGAACCUUAACCAUUGCCAGUCAGUAAUUCUCUUUUCUACCUUAGAAAGACCUUUGACCCUAUCAAAGGUGGGGGGUGGGAGAGGGUCUUUUACACUUCAGGAUCAGGAGUUAUGAGAGGUUUUAGCUUAUUUGUCUUUUCUGCAUGGGUAUUAAUGUUUUAUAAAAGAAACUUAUGCUUAAGGGAGACAUUUUAUUUUGAAAUGACAAGUGUCAGAUUUUGUUAGCUGCUGAAAGUGGAUUUACUCUAGAACUGUCUACAGAUUGAGUAAAGACAGUGCACAAGUAAUAUUUAAAUCUCAAGAAGCAGCCUUAUCCACAGACUGUAACAAUUCCUCCUCCUAGAGACGUUGGUUUUGUGCUCUAACGUUACCAGACAUGUUAACUGUGAAAACAUCAACCUUACACUAAAGCUCAGCAUUGUAAGCCGGACGUAAAAGCAGCACCCGAUUUGUAACUCAUCCGCAAGUACAGUUUCAAAGCUGUCGUGCUACUUCGUGUCUUAAAUAUCGCAGCACGUCAUCCUGUUGCACAUUCAAGGAACCUGAUUACAACCAAGAAUUUAGAAGGAACCGAUGCCUAAGCCACACGAACCUAAGAACCAAAGUCAGAUCAGUGGUUCUCAACCAGAGGUAGAACCCUUCCUUCCACAGAGUGCUGGGAAGUGUGUCGGGGCACCUUUGUGGUUAUCUUAUUUACUGGAGGGGUCUGCUGGCAUUUGAGCGUAAAGAUUUCUCUCUCCUGCGGCGUUCAGGACAGCCUGAUGCCAUGAAGAGUCAUCACUCCCAAAGUGCCAGCGCCCUUCCCCACCAAGUACAUAUUAUCUUAUUUCAAGGGACAGGGAAAUCUCCAGUAGAAGCUGAUGGCGUACUUGAUAGGGAAGCCUAAUCCCAGCGGUUCAGAGAAGAAAAGCCAGUAUCAGGUUGAUAUUUUGCUUAUCCAGGAAUAAGCCUAAGUACCUAAAAAAACAGAAGGACUCUACUGGCAGUUUCCCAGUAGCUUUGUGUAUUACCGUUCGCAGCAAAUCCUUCAAAUACUUUUAUUAUUUGAGAGAAUGAUUGGAAGUCCUGAAAGCCGCUUCUACUUUCCAUUCCUAGUCCUCUAAAUAUUAUUAUCUGUGCAUUCUACCAAGUUCUCGUGUUUUGCUUAAGGUGAUAAUAAAAUUAGAUUGCAUCAUGUAGCCACUAUGUGAGUAUGGGGGAGAUAGAAAUAAGCUAAGAUUUUUUUUUUAAUUGACCCUCAGCAAUAGAGUUUGCUGUAACUAGUCUUGGGGUUUUUUUCUUUUGUUUGUUUGUUUGUUUAAGACAGUGGUUCUCAACCUUCCUAAUGUUGUGACCCUUUAAUACAGUUCAUGUUGUGGUGACUCCCCACCAUAAGAUUAUUUCAUUGCUACUUCAUAAGUGUGAUUUUGUUACUGUUAAGAAUUAUGAUGUAAAUAUCUGAUACACAACCUGAAGUGGUUGUGACACACAGGUUGAGAACCACUUGUUUAAGGCCUUUUCCGUAUUAAGUAACUCUAGCUGCAUGGCCGUCUUUUCUUUUUCCUUUACAAAUAUAUAGUUGUUACUGGUCCUGUGGCAUCAGUGAAUAUAGUUAAAAUAAGUGCCAUUUAAAAAACAAACAACUCUGUGUCCUUAACUGUUCUUCCCUAUUUCUCUCAUUCCCACUAGUUCAAAUGUUUGCUUGCCCAGUCUCCCAUGUUGCCAGUCAGAUCCCUCAAGUUCAGUAUCUGUCAGUAUUUCCCCUGGAAAUCACCCUAGCAUUGCAGACACACCAGCUCCAGGUACGCUCAGUCACUGCGGCCACCUCUUCCUUCAGUAUGUCUGAUUCUGUCUGCUGGUUGCUUUGGGUUUUGUUUUUUUUCCUUAGGCUGCCUAAUCUAUGUUGCCUCGCUUCCUUACAGUACCUCCUCAGUUGGUCUCUUUUAUGACUUUAGUUGCCCCUUGUAUGCAGAUAUUUCCAAAUUCGUAUCUCCUGAAGAUUUCCCCCUAAUCCUAGUUGCUAGUAUCACUGACACUGUUCUCUCGCAAGCUUCCCAACACGUCUUAGCUCUUUCUCCCAAACCUGCUCUUGCUCUCAUUACCCUAUCAGCAGAUGGCGUUACAGUGGCCCGUCAGUCACCCUCACCCGAUCCCCAAACUGAUCAUACUGCUCCUUGGCUUCCACCAUUGCUGUCAGAAUAGAUAGGAUAUAAACGUUCAUCUUGCAGAUCUUGGUUUAUAUAUCUAAGAAGCUUCAGUGGUGCCCUUUAGCGGGUACCCAACUACACUUGCUAAACACCCUUGUCCUUCCUACUUAGCCUUUCUUACUGCUAGACUGGAGCGGAGAAGUCUAACCCAUUGUUUCAUCUCUAGUGGAUAGUUCAAAGCCUGGCAUUUGAAUAAAUGUUUGGGCAAAUAAAUACUUGUCUGACUAUUAUGACCUUUGAAACCUUCACAGUCUUCAUUUGAUCUUCAUAGACAUCCUGCCUGUUCACUGAAUAGUUCUUAGCCAUGGAUUGCAAAUUAAGAAAUGAAACUCACCUUAUUUGUGACUAGGGACCUCAUUGUUGUGUUUUUUGAAUUUAGUGCAGUGCUUAGCAUGUGGUUCAAAUAUUAUGUGAAUGUUGUUAAGAAAACAGAUUGUAAUUUACCCUAGUAAAUUAGUAGUAAUGUCAAGAUUCAAACCUAGUUGUACUCACAAGUCUGCUCUGUAGUGUUAAAUACAUCCAUAGUAGUCUUUUUUUUUUUUAAUUUCCAAAGGAACCUACAUACAGAAGGAAAGGGUUGGAUAAGUGCCUAGAUUGAACUGAGUUCCGUAAUCUAAAAAUUACUUUCAGUAUUGGAGAAAGACAAUGCCACAUAAGAGUUAAUGUCCAUUUUUCCUUUUGUAGGCGUCAACCCUAGGAGAAAAUGGCAUGCUAUUUAGUAGUUACUUUCCUUUACAGAUGAUUUCUGGCUCUUCUGGAAUUUCAAAGUAAGUAAACUUGUUUCUGAGAAGGUUGUCUUAGCCCUUCUGGCUACUAGAUCCUCAAUUCAUUAAUGUUCCUACAUGUGGAAUGCCCACAUCAUCUCCCCAAGGGGAAAAUCCCAGAUGAGGCCCAGUUAACACAUACUUUUCAAUUUGCUGUAUUUCUUUGCUUUCUUGUUUCAUGCUUUGGUGAACUUCAUUUCUGGGUAACUGGGCCUUUUUAUUCUUUAGCCUGAAAGCCAGACCCUGAGUUUCUGUCAUUAAGCUAUUUGCCCAAUUUAAGAGAUGAACUGUAUCAUUCUCUUAAUUGAACUUAUAGUUUUAGGAAGUUACAUUAAUUAAUUAAUUAGUUCACUCUGAGGUCUUGGUAGUAAGUAUGACAGUUAUCCAGAGAUUUGAUCCUUGUUGCAAAACUAGAUUUUCAUUAACCUCUGCGUUAAGGUUUCUCAUUUUUAUCUCGUAUUGAAAAAUUGCCUCAUCCUACACUGUAAGUACUUUAUAGUCUUUAUUUCUGCCUUGAAACUGACCAAAUACUGAGUUCAUGUCCUAUACAUUUUGUCAAAUGCAGUCAACAGCCACCGCAAGAUAAUUCUUUCUUUGAUAAAGGGUAGAUGUCCCAGUUCAUCUCAAGGGGCACUUUUGCCUCUCUAUAAUAUAAAUUGCCCCUAUGUAAUUUUUUUUUCUAUCUUCCAGUAGCAAUCUUCCUGAAUGCCUCUCAACUAAUCACUAAGCAACGCGUUUAGUAUGUUAGUUCUGCAUCAGGAUUGGAAAGGUUGCCAGUGAGGUGAAUAACUACAAAAGUUGAAUGUCUCCACAACUUUCUGUAGCAAGUUGUCUAGGACUUCGUGUAGGCGAGGGGCUGGCAGAUACAGCAGGCAGGCCGAGUCUGUCCUCAGAGGAAGUGUGAGAGGUACAGCCGUGAACUGCCAUGGGUGCUUCUCCACAGUCACAAGAGUUGAGUAGUUCUGACACAGUGUGUGCAACACACGCUGAAAUACGUUCCUCAUUAAUUCCUGCUUAAAAUGCCCCUGUCGCGGGGCUCAGGACAAAGCAGAUACUCAUUAGGAGCUGGCUGCUCACUUUGGGGAAUGAGAAGAGAAAGUUUGGCAGAUAGCAGAGGCUGCAAAGGCCCACACCACACCAGAGUUCAAGGAGCAGUUCAAUCCCUCCAUACGGCUGGGAGGAAAAUGAACUAUUUGGAAGACGACACUACUAAUUAUCAUGGUUCUUUUCCCCUAGUAACGUCAUUUUUAAUAUGCCUUUGCUUUUUCACUGAGAUAAAAGUUUACAAAUACUCAGUGUCCACCUCCGUGGAUUUUUACAUUCACCUGUAAGUCACCAGGUCAAGAUAGAAAGUAGUUGUUACUCCAGUAGGUGCCCUUUGCCUUUCACACAGAGAGAUAGUUGCUGGUCUGGCCUUUAUUGCCUGUCAGUUAGUUUUGCCUGUUUUAAAUCUAUACCAAGUGUAAUUGUAGGCACUCGUGUCUCUUCUGUUCUCUAUGUUUGCUGUAGUAACCCAUGUUGUGGAUUGUAACGGUUCAUUUUUCACUUCUGUGUCAUAGUCCAUUCGUUGUACCAGUUUAUCCGUUCAAUGUUGACGAAUAUUUGGACUGUUUCCAGUUUGUGGUCAUUACAAAUAAAAUUGCUAUUGAAA